GACUGUCGCGGAGGCCGGCGGAGGGACGCUCUCCGUGCGCAGUCCUGGGGUGGGUCGUUGUGCGGUCGGGCGCCGUGCGGCCUGUCGGGGAGACGCGGUCGGAGUGGGAGGGAGAGUCAGCACCCGAGAGGUGGAAGAAGACAGGCUUUAGGCUGGAAGAGCCCUAGAGGAGCGAUUUUGCAGGUGGGGGCCCCAGACAGAGGCUCUGAUAGGGAGACUGGUUGAGGUCGCGCCGCAGGCCCGACAGAAUGGGUGCGGCCCGAGCCCCCCGAGCUCAGUCCAACCCACCCCUCCUGUCCCUGGAGGCGGGAGGGACUCCGAGCUUUGGAAAGCUCUGGAAAGGAAAGCGGGGAGGGGAGGUUGAGAGUCCCGCGGUUGGGAUGGAGGAUGAAGGCUCCUCUAAUCAGUCCCUCCCGUGCACCCCUCCCCCCCGGUCGCACACACCCCGUCCACCCGCCAGUGUCGUCGUCCCUCCUGGUGCCCAGGAUCUUCUAGUAGAGUUUACAAAGCUUUAGAGACACCCCUACCAAGAAUGGCCGACCCUGAGCACUGACGUGGCGCGAGACACUGUUCUACGAGUUUACAGGAAAGCAGUCUCGCGUUACAGAUGAGGAAACAGGAUGAGUGGUUUGGUUUUGUGUGAACCAACAGAGCUUUACAACAUCUUGAAUCAGGCCCCAAAACUAUCCAGGUUAACUGAACCCAACUAUCUCUGUUUAUUAGAUGUGCGUUCCAAACGGGAGUAUGAUGAAAGCCAUGUGAUUACAGCCCGUCUUGUGAAGAAGAGGGCAGGUGAAUAUCUUAUCCCGGAGUCUGUGGAUCUGGAGUGUGUGGAAUACUGUGUGGUGUAUGAUAACAACACCAGCUCCCUGAAGGUAAUCCUAAAAGGUGACAACGAUGAUGACAACCCUGAUGAAGGCGACCAAGGAAUUGUGCUUGGAGCUGCCGUUGAGUGUGGCAGAACCCUGACUCACCUUGCCCGCCACCCCAUCCAUAUCCUGAGAGGAGGCUAUGAGAGCUUCUCGGCCAUGUACCACUUCUUCCGGACACAGAAGAUCAUCUGGAUGCCACGGGAACUGGAUGACUUCCAACCGUACCCUGUUGAGAUAAUGCCAGGCAGGAUCUACCUGGGAAAUUUCAGGCAAGCCUGCGACCCUAAAAUUCAGAAGGAUUUGAAAAUCAAAGCACAUGUCAAUGUCUCCAUGGAGACAGGGCCGUUUUUUGCAGGUGACGCCGACAAGCUUCUGCACAUCCAGAUAGAAGAUUCCCUGGAAGCCAACAUUACACCCUUUUUACGCCACCUCUGUCACUUCAUUGAAGUUCACCUGGAGCUUGGCUCUGUCAUCCUGGUCUUUUCCACCAUGGGCAUCAGUCGCAGCUGUGCGGCCAUCUUGGCCUACCUUAUGCACCGAAAUGAGCAGACCCUGAAGAGGUCCUGGGCCUACGUCAAGAAGUGUAAAACCAACAUGCGUCCAAAUCGGGCUUUGGUGGCUCAGCUGUCAGAGUGGGAGAAGGUUGUCCUUGGAGACAUCGUCACAGACAUCUUGGAUCCACUCUACUGAUUUUCUCUGUGGCCCAGCUAUGGGUCCAGAAGAACCUGCCUUGGGAGCUUUUUGUGGGUAGUGGGCCAGGGUGUGUAACCAGGAAUGAGAAGGCCUUUGCUGCCUGGAGCCUUG